CCUCCACCCCCUCCUUCUCUUUAUCCUUUCCCCAGCCUGUGCGCACCGAGGGACCUGCCGCUGACCGUCCAGUCCUGCGUCCUCCCCAAGGACUGCCAGGUGACCGACUGGGCCGAGUGGGGCCCCUGCUCCAAAACCUGCGUAGACCCCGCGUCUCCCGUAGGCAACCGCACUCGGAGCAGACAGGUGGUCCAGUUCCCCGUGGGCCAGGGGGCGGAGUGCGUGCCGCUGCAGGACUCUCAGUCGUGUGAACCUCCGGGGGAAGGCGUGCCGCCCUGCUCCACCUACACCUGGAGGAGCACGGAGUGGAGCGACUGCCGGGUCGACUCGUUGCUCGGCCAACAAGACCGCCGGCGUGGUAACCUGACUGGGCUCUGUGGAGGAGGUCUGCAGAUCAGGGAGGUGUACUGCGUCCAGGCCAACGCUGAGCUUCUGAAAUACCUCAAUGACCUCAGAGAAAAGGACAAAGCGGGUCAGACCCAAAGACAGCAGAAGCCUAGCGUCCCCCCUCUCCUCUCCAUCACCUUCCAGAUUACAGCCUCCCGCCCAGUGGAAAACAAGCUGUGCGAGGGUCCGAUCCCCAACAGGUCCCAGCUGUGCCAAAUCCCCUGUCCCAUCGACUGUGAGGUGUCGCCCUGGGGGGCCUGGGGGCCGUGCACCUUUGAGAACUGUGAUGACCAGGCUGGAAAGAAAGGUUUCAAACUGAGAAAACGUCGGAUCACCAACAAGCCGACGGGGGGGCCCGGGAACUGCCCUCACCUGGUGGAGGCGGUGCCGUGUGACGAGCCCAGUUGUUACGACUGGCGGCUGGUCGGCCUGGAUCAGUGCGACCCCGACGACGAGAAGCCGUGCGGCCCCGGUGCUCAGCUCGCUCGGGUCCAGUGUGUCAACAGCAACGGCGAGGAGGUGGACAGGAAUCUCUGCACGUCUUCCCCGGCCCCGGAGCCCGUGCCCUGUGAGGUGCCUUGCUCAAGGGACUGUGUGCUCAGUGAUUGGACACCCUGGUCUACUUGCUCCCAGACCUGCUCCAGCAAGACCAUCGAGGGGAAGCAGAUGAGGACGCGCUCGAUCCUGGCCUACAACGCCGGGGAAGGUGGCGCCCUGUGCCCCAACAGCAGUUUCCUCCAGGAGGUGCGGAACUGUAAUGAACACGCUUGUACAGUUUACCACUGGCAGACGGGGCCGUGGGGCCCCUGUACCGAGGACCCCUCUGCCUCCACCCUCAACACCUCCGUGGGUGCCCGAGCCAGCGGCGGCGUUCAGGCUCUCUGCUCCACGGGGAUGCAGACUCGCAAGGUCAUCUGCGUCCGGGUCAACGUGGGACAGGUGCCCCCCAAGAAGUGUCCAGACGGCCCUCGCCCCGGCACUGUGCGACCAUGUCAGCUGCCCUGCAAGAAAGACUGUAUCAUGACCCCUUUCAGCGACUGGACACCGUGUCCUGUGACUUGUGACGCAGCUGGCAACGCUGUGAAGAGAAAGCAAUCAAGGAAACGUCUUAUCAUCCAGCUGCCAUCCAACGGAGGACAGGACUGUCCAGAGGUGCUGGAGGAGGAGAGGGACUGUGAGGUCCCCAAAGUCUGUCCAGGGUUCAGAUGGAAAACACACAAAUGGAGGAAGUGCCAGCUGGUGCCGUGGUUUCUCAGACAGGACCAUCCCGGUGCGGUGGAGACCUGCGGACCAGGACUCCAAACAAGAGCUGUGUCCUGUCGCCAGCUGGACGGGACGCAGGCCGACAUCGGCGAGUGUCUGAAAUGCGCCAAGGCCAUGCCCGCCAUCACUCAGCGCUGUCAGCUGCCCUGCCAGGACGACUGCCAGCUGACCAACUGGUCCAAGUUCUCGUCCUGCACAGCGGACUGUGUGGGGGUCCGCACCAGGAAGAGGGCGUUGAUCGGGAGGAGCAAGAAGAAAGACAAGUGCAAGAACACGCAAAUGUACCCGUUGAGUGAGACGCAGUACUGCCCCUGUGACAAGUACAACGCCCAGCCGGUGGGGAACUGGUCAGACUGCAUCCUGCCCGAGGGAGGCAGAGUGGAGAGCGUCCUGGGGAUGAAGGUCCAGGGAGACAUCAAGGAGUGUGGACAGGGCUACCGCUACCAGGCCAUGGUGUGCUACGACCAGGACAACAGGCUGGUGGAGACCGCACGCUGCAACAGUCACGGUUACAUUGAGGAGGCGUGCAUCAUCCCCUGUCCUUCAGACUGUAAGCUCAGCGAAUGGUCCAACUGGUCGCGCUGCAGCAAGUCCUGCGGCAGCGGGGUGAAAGUUCGCUCUAAAUGGCUCCGAGAGAAGCCGUACAACGGGGGCCGGCCGUGUCCCAAACUGGACCACAUCAACCAGGCCCAGGUGUACGAGGUGGUGCCUUGUCAGAGCGACUGCAAUCAGUAUGUGUGGGUGGCCGAGCCGUGGAGCGUGUGGAAAGUCAGCAACUUGGACUUAAAAGAGAACUGCGGCGAAGGCGUCCAGACCAGAAAAGUCCGGUGCAUGCUGAACACCAUCGACGGGCCGUCGGAGUCUGUGGACGACUACCUGUGCGACCCCGAGGAGAUGCCCCUGGGGGCCAGGGAGAGCCGCCUGCCCUGUCCCGAGGACUGCGUCCUUAACGACUGGGGCCCCUGGAGCCGCUGCAGCCUGCCGUGUACCAGAACCAACAGUCGGGUGCGGGCGGCGUACACCCUGCGCUCGCCCAGUGUGGGGAGGGAGUGUCCAGAGACGACGGACAAGGAGCCCUGCAGCCUGAACCUCAACUGUUUCAACUACUUCUACAACAUCACAGACUGGAGCACAUGUCAGCUGAGUCCUAACGCCGUGUGUGGGAGCGGCAUCAAGACCCGGAUGCUCGACUGUGUUCGCAGCGACGGAAAAUCCGUCGAUAUCAAAUUCUGUGAGGAGCUGAAUUUGGAGAAGAAAUGGCAGAUGAACAUCUCCUGUGUGGUCGAGUGUCCCGUCAACUGUCAGAUGUCGGAGUGGUCGCCGUGGUCCGUCUGUUCACAGACGUGCGGACUAGAUGGUAAGAUGUGGCGGCGGCGCUCGGUGGUCCAGGCCUCUCAGGGCGACGGGCGGCCCUGCCCUCCUCAGGUGGAGCAGUGGAAGCCCUGCCCCGUCCGACCCUGCUACCGCUGGCAGUACAGCGACUGGUCCGAGUGCCGGGUGGAGAGCGUGGUGUGUGGACACGGCAUACGCUACAGAAACAUGUCCUGCUUCGUGUCGGACGGCUCCGGCGACGGAGAAGGCAGCUUGGUGGACGAGGAGCAGUGCAGCAGCCUGGAGCCGGCCAUCGACGGAGACAAACAGAUCAGCCUGAAGGAGGCCUGCACCCUUCCCUGUCCAGGUGAAUGCUACCUGAUGGAGUGGUCGGACUGGAGCUCGUGCGUGAGCAUCUGCGUGAAGGGGGCCGGCGUGGACUUCUGUUCGGUUCAGGUUCGCUCUCGAGCCGUGUUGGCCCAGGAGCCAGAAAACCUGCAGCUCUGUCCCGACCAGGCGUGGGAGUCUCAGCCCUGCUCAGGGGGCGAAUGUUACGAGUACAAAUGGUUCAGCAGCGGUCGUCUCAACUCCACUCGGCCCUCAGUCUGGUGCCAGCGCUCCGACGGACUCAACGUUACCGGAGGUUGUCCUCCUCUGAACCCUCCAGUGGACAACAGCUCCUGUGAGCCUCCCUGUCUCAUGCCGAAGUCCUUCUGCAGUGAGGCCGGUAUAUGCAUGUGCGAGGAGGGCUUCACAGAGGUGCUGUCGUCCACCGGGCAGCUGGACCAGUGCGCCCCCAUCCCGAUCCUGGAGAUCCCCACAGCGGGGGACAAGAAGGGGGAUGUGAAGACCAGUCGUGCCAUUAACCCCACCUCGCCAUCCACCAUCCAGCCUGGACGCACCGGGCGGACCUGGUACCUGCAGCCUUACGGACCAGAUGGGAAGCUGAAGAUGUGGGUGUAUGGUGUAGCAGCCGGAGCCUUUGUGCUCCUCAUAUUCAUAGUGUCUAUGAUAUACCUAGCUUGCAAAAAGCCAAAGAGACCUCAGAGACAGAGGCAACAGAACAACCGACUAAAACCUCUGACUCUGGCCUACGACGGGGACACGGACAUGUAGUCCUCCAGGAGACGGAGACCCACUUUCAUCACGCCGUCGAGGGGAGGGACACGGAUGUUUGCAGCGUGAAUGGACACGUCACAGAGCGGAGACAUUACAGUAAAUCCUCUUACGGCAGAGACAGUGGUGGGGUUUAUCCAUUUCAAGUAGAGCUCCAUUCAAUCACCCGUUCUAAAGUAUUUUCUUUUGCAAGAGCCUUCGUGACCUUCCACCGUGUUCAAUGAAAUGCCUUUUUAUUUAUCUUUUUCACAUCCACUUAAAAGAAGAGAUUCAGCUGCAGGAGUCUGGAUGCAGAAGACACUGUCUCUGAAGCUCCAACUCUUCCCCCGCGCUUUUCCGCUUGUCCCUAAAAAUGCUGAGUAGCUGGAGGCUUAGGAUGCUCUGCCGGUUCGUACGUUGCCAAAAGUCACCGCGGGGAAGAGGAGGAGGGAGAGGAAAAUCUCCAUAAAAAGGUUUGGAUUCCUUUUUUCUCAAUCCUCAACUGGGUUCUGACUCAAAUCUCUUCCACGGUCUUCAACAAAAGGGAGGCAUUUCUUCUCUUUUUUCUGCUUGAUUUAGAGGCACACGGGCCUGUGUUUGUGGGAUAAACAGAUCUGAUGGAGUUGUUUAUGGAAACUACAGCCUCUCUGCCUCCACCCUCUUUGUUUCAGGCUCUACAUUGCACUAUAUUAGUGCAGCAUGAUAUGCACAUGUGACUUCUACCUUCUCUUGCCAUAGAACACUGCCUCUUCCACAGAGAAGCCCACCGAGCAGCGGAACAGCUACCAACACUCAAAGAAAAACAACGGCAACGGCAAAAGAUAUUUUGAUGUCACAUUCUACAAAACAGAUGUGGAUCUCAAGUGAAUAUAUGUAUAGAGUUUAUUUCUCACAACUGAUUUUUUGGGUUGUAGUAAAGUACCUUUUGUGGUUUGUAGAUUUUGUCUGGUGUUAUCACUUUUAUUCCUGCCCAGAUCAGAUCAUUAAAGAUUUAUCUAUGAUAUCAGCAGGGGACUUCAUUUAAUGAAUCGCCGGCUUUAAAGUUAUUUUUACCCAUAAAAAUUCAGAUUCAAUUAAAAAAAAAAAAUCUCUGCUUUUGUUUACCAUUGUGGAAAAGCUGAAACUUUGCAGCAAUUAAAGAAAAAGAAAGAACAAUAAAUUUAAACCAUUCAUGUCAUGCAAAUGUCAUUUCUGCCUUACUGACGAUAACUAAGUACUAACAGUGCUGUAAUAGAGUAUUAAUACUUGAAUGGGGCACAUUAUAUUACAUGUACACAUAAAGAAAACUACAUUUUCUUUUGGGGUCACUUAGCAAAGUACACCUGAGUUUUUAACAGGUUUUCACAUAGUGAUGCGUAUCUUAGGUGCUCUGUCGUCACUACAUGAAGUGAAAUAUAGAUUUAAAGAAACGAUCUGUACAAAGAAACGAUGCGUGUUAAUAACAAUAAGAGUUCAACGUAAAAGCAAACUGGUGUGGAGAAUGUUUACUUUUCUUUGUGGGAUUUUGUAAAUAACAGCAAUUUUUUUAUUUUUUUGGAGAAAAAAAAAAUCUAAGUAUGUGUACAUUCAUUUUGUAUUGCACAGAAAAUGUUUAGUUUGAAUAUUGCGAAGUGGGUGUGUGAUAUUGCUGAUUGUUGUGAUCAUGAUGCAAGUUGUAUGUUGUGAAAAAAAAAAAAAAAAACCGAAAAGAGGAAAGGCUCGGCCGUGUCUGUACAGGUUGUUUACGUGUGUGGGAAGAAUUACUGACAAUAAAUAACAACAUGGUUGUAAACACA